GGAGGAUCUCCGACUUUGGACUUCGCGCAGUUUGGGCCCCCAAUGCCACCAUCGACAUCAAGCGCAUCUGCUUGCCACAUCCUUCCUUCUACGCUAUCCUCUCCCAAAGAACACAGACGUUCCGCUCCACUUACGCUCGUCCCCCCAACAAAGUUGCUUCUAUCCUUUUCCCCCACCGACUCCUCGAUCCUGUCAACCGAGGCGACCUUCAACACAUUCAGAUCAAAACGAGACGCCGUCAUACCUCCAAAUACAACGGAAUUCCAGUAUUCCAUUCACAAACCUAGUCGCUACCUGUUGAGGGAUCUUGCAUUGAUCUUUCCCAACUUGAAAAGUCAAAGCGCAGGCUUGGAAAACUUGGUCAUUGUGCCGACAUUCCAAAAGACGGUCCAUGACUUGGUCGCCGUCUCUGGUGAGACAAAUUGGGAACGUGACCUUCUAUUGGAAUAUGUAUAUGCGUGGGCUACUCGCGUCGUGUCUUUCUUACGCCACCUCAAUUACUGGGCGGAUAUGACGGACCCUGCUUCAGGCUAUCCAAUGUUCUCGUCUAGAGGAAGCUGUAUAUACCCCGAUGUGGACGGAAGUGUGCGGCUUUUGAGAUAUACAACCGUCCAGGCAGGAUGCUGUAGAAUCCUUGUGCAUCCGAAUUGGGGUACCAGAAACUACCCGGCUACUUUGUUCUCUACGGCACCCGCACAAGUAUUGCGUGAGGUGAUUGACACCGUUGCGAGAGAUCCAAUACCAAUGACAAUAAGUGAGAUCGUGGACGAGGCACCAGCGGUAUGGUGACAGCCGGUGUCGGUCAAUAAUUAUUUAGGAAUGUUUUGUAAAUGCGAGGAAGAUUAAAUUAAGUACAAUGUACACUGAACUUUGUAUCAAUAACUAAUGAUUGAACAUUGUUGUAAUAUCUUCGAUCCUCA